AUGGCCCGUAUCUUCCAAUUGCUUGUUUGUGCGCUGGGGAGCUUACAAGCUCUCACAGCUGCUCAGAACAGCAGCGGAUCGGAUUGGCCCGUCCACGACAAUGGACUGAAUAAAGUGGUGCAAUGGGACCAUUACAGUUUCUACGUCCACGGCCAGCGGAUUUUCAUCUUCUCCGGAGAAUUUCAUUACUGGCGUAUCCCAGUGCCGGGUCUCUGGAGGGAUAUUUUGGAGAAGAUUAAAGCCAUCGGGUUUACGGGGUUUGCCUUUUAUUCUAGCUGGGCUUAUCAUGCACCAAAUAAUCACACAGUCGACUUUUCUACUGGUGCUCACGAUAUCACGCCUAUCUUCGAUCUUGCGAAAGAGCUUGGGAUGUACAUUAUAGUACGUCCUGGCCCUUACGUUAAUGCAGAGUCCAGUGCUGGUGGCUUUCCGCUUUGGCUUACGACUGGGGCAUACGGCCCGACGCGAGACGAUGACCCACGGUAUACUGCUGCGUGGACCCCAUACUUCUCUAUGAUGUCUGAGAUAACGAGCAAGUAUCAGAUCACGGAUGGCCACAAUGCAUUCGUUUACCAGAUUGAGAAUGAGUACGGAGAGCAAUGGAUUGGAGACCCGAGCGAGCGAGUUCCAAACGAGACUGCAAUCGCUUACAUGGAACUGCUCAAAUCUACCGCACGAGAUAAAGGGAUCAAUCUACCAUUGUCAGGAAACGACCCCAAUAUGAACAGUAAGUCUUGGGGAAGCGACUGGUCGAAUGCUGGAGGGAAUCUCGAUGUUGUUGGACUGGACUCGUAUCCUUCUUGCUGGAGCUGCGAUGUCAGUGAGUGCACAGACACAAACGGGGACUAUGUUCCUUACAAGGUGAUGCAGUACUAUGAUUACUUCCAGAGUGUGCAACCCACAACGCCGUCUUUCAUGCCUGAAUUCCAAGGCGGAUCUUACAACCCUUGGAGUGGCCCUGAAGGAGGCUGCACACAGGAUACCGGCGCCGACUUUGCCAAUAUGUUUUAUAGGUGGAAUAUCGCUCAACGCGUGACCGCAAUGAGUCUUUACAUGAUGUACGGCGGUACAAACUGGGGUGGAAUCGCGGCUCCUGUCACUGCAAGCAGCUAUGACUACUCGGCUCCUAUCUCCGAGGAUCGGUCGAUCGGCUCCAAGUACCACGAGACCAAGUUACUGGCGUUGUUUACACGAUGCGCAAGGGACUUGACAAUGACCAAUCGUAUCGGAUAUGGAACACAGUAUACAACCAACACGGCCAUCAGUGCGAACGAAUUGAGAAAUCCUGAGACUAAUGCUGCGUUUUAUGUCACAAUUCACAACGACACUACCCUUGGCACAGACGAGUCGUUCAAACUGCACGUUGAUACCUCCGAGGGGGCCUUCACGAUUCCAAGGCACGGGGGUACAAUCAGACUCAAUGGGCACCAAUCUAAGAUCAUCGUGACUGACUUUAAAUUUGGAUCUGAAACCCUUUUGUAUUCUACGGCAGAAGUACUGACGUAUGCGGUAUUCGAUCAGAAGCCAAUCCUGGUCCUCUGGUUGCCCACGGGCGAGUCGGGAGAAUUCUCCAUCAAAGGCGCGAAAUCAGCGAAGUCCAGUACCUGCUCCGGAUGUUCUGUGGAAUUUUUCCAUGACAAGGGAGCCUUGACUGUUGGGUUCACUCAAGCCAAGGGCAUAAGUGUCUUGCAGCUAGACAACGGUCUACGAGUGAUUCUCCUUGAUAGAACUGCGGCGUAUGAAUUUUGGGCCCCUGCACUAACGGAAGACCCUCUGGUCCCUGAGACCGAAAGUGUACUUGUCAGUGGUCCCUACCUCGUUCGUUCCGCCAGGGUAUCAAGGUCCACUUUAACUCUCCGCGGGGACUCUAAAGAUGAUACUACCCUGGAGGUUUUCGCUCCUCGAACAGUUAAGAAAGUAACAUGGAAUGGGAGGAAAGUGAAGGCUUCUGAGACUCCGUACGGCAGUCUCAAAAUCCACCUUGCCGCUCCCCCAUCCAUUAAACUACCGACUAUCACCGGAUGGAAAACCGCCGACAGCCUUCCAGAGCGUUUCCCUUCCUACGAUGAUGCUGGUCCAGCUUGGGUUGAGGCAAACCACACGACAACCCUAAACCCCAACAAGCCCGCUACACUCCCGGUCCUUUACGCAGACGAAUACGGCUUCCACAACGGUAUCCGUCUCUGGCGUGGAUACUUCAACGGCACAGCCUCUGGCGUGUAUCUUAACGUCCAAGGCGGCAACGCAUUCGGCUGGUCUGCCUACCUGAAUGGCCACUUUCUAGGCUCUUACCUUGGCUCCGCAUCCAUGAACCAAGCAAACGGCACCCUAACCUUCCCCAACGGAUCCCUGAGCACCAACGACACAAACAUCCUCCUAAUCAUCCAUGAUGACACAGGACAUGAUGAAACAACCGGCGUUCUCAAUCCCCGCGGAAUCCUCGAGGCUCGACUCCUCCCUACCUCGAAUACCUCAGGAACCCCGGAGUUUACCGCCUGGCGCGUUGCCGGCGCUGCAGGCGGCGAAUCGAACCUCGACCCAGUUCGCAGCGCAUAUAAUGAAGACGGUCUCUAUGCCGAGCGCAUGGGGUGGCAUCUCCCCGGAUUCGACGAUAGCAAGUGGGCCCAGGCGUCCUCUGCCUCCUCCUCCUCCUCGUCUUCUUCGUCCAUUUCGUUUACAGGAGCAACAGUGAAGUUCUUCCGAACUGUUCUUCCAUCGCUGUCCAUCCCUACAGGACUAGAUGUAUCCAUCUCCUUCGUUUUCUCAACCGCCACGAACGCGAGCGCAAGUGCAUCUAAUGCAUUCCGCGCCCAACUCUUCGUAAACGGAUACCAGUACGGCCGGUUUAACCCCUACAUCGGGAACCAGGUGAUUUAUCCCGUUCCUCCGGGAAUUCUAGACUACAGGGGGGACAAUACCAUCGGCGUGGCGGUGUGGGCACAGACGGAGGCCGGAGCGAGCCUGGAUCUGGACUGGCGUGUGAAUUAUGUGGUUGAAAGUUCGUUGGACGUGGCGGGGUCUCUGAAUGCGGAUGGGUUGAGGCCUGGAUGGACAGAGCAACGGUUGAAGUUUGCUUAG